AUGGCGUGUUCACCAGAAGCCGCGACGGCCAUCAGCCGCAAGAAGGCGCGCUACGCCCGCUACGCCGACACGAAGCAAUGGGGCGCAUACGCCGACGAAGUCGCGCUCCCGAACUGCACGUACGCCUUCGAGGACGUCAACGGCCUCACGCUGAACGCCGGCGGCAACAAGCUGCAGUUCGCGUCGACGGUCGAGUUCACGGCCUUCUUUGGCGCCUUCUUCGCCAAGCUGCAGACGCUGCACAACCUCGGCCCGGGCGACUUCACGCAGACGGCGCCCGACGAGGUGCGCGCCGUGUUCUCGGUCGAAGAUCAGAUCUUGGCGCCGCCGUUUGGGGCCUGGGCCGAGAUCAGGGGCGGGGGCUAUUAUUACGAGACGUGGAAGAUGGUCGAUGGGGAUUGGUUUUUGUCGGACCUGCGCAUGCGCCGGACUUACCAGAAGAUGACUUUGUUGGUGCAGGUCGCGUUUUUCUUCCAGGAGAAGCUUGGCAUCUCGAUGCUCUAG